GUUUGUCAGUGUGGAUACGCUGCCGAGACUCAUCUCAGCGAACACUGCGAUUUUUACUGCUCUCAGCGACUGCAGCUUGAUGUCGUGUGGGCUUUCAGGAGGACUGUUUUCCAUUAACUACUGGAUAUAUUAUCACUAUCAGCACCAAGGGACCGACCCAUGAGCCAAGGCAGAAUCGUUCUUCUCUCAUAAACAGCUGAAGGUGCACCUCUGACUGAGAUGACCGUGUCACUGUUCUGUCAUAGGACAGUCCUAUUGGCUGUGGCCUUAUGUUUCCUGCCUUACAUCACUUCCUCCCUCAACCUAGAGGAUCCCAAUGUCUGCAGCCACUGGGAGAGUUACUCAGUGACAGUGCAGGAGUCGUACGCCCAUCCUUAUGAUCAGAUUUAUUACACCAGCUGCACCGACAUCCUUAACUGGUUCAAGUGCACCAGACACAGGGUGAGCUAUCGCACAGCUUAUCGUAGAGGAGAGAAGACCAUGUAUAGGAGAAAGUCCCAGUGCUGCCCAGGCUUCUUCGAGAAUGGAGAGAUCUGUGCUCCUCAUUGUGCAGAGAGCUGUGUUCACGGCCGUUGUAUGGCCCCCAACACCUGCCAGUGUGAGCCGGGCUGGGGGGGCUCCAAUUGCUCCAGUGCUUGUGACAGUUACCAUUGGGGUCCUCACUGCAGUAACAGAUGUCAGUGCCAGAACGGAGCAUUGUGUAACCCCAUCACAGGAGCCUGUAUCUGCACUCCUGGAUAUAGAGGCUGGCGCUGUGAGGCCCAGUGUGAAGUGGGCACCUAUGGUAACGGAUGCCAACAGAAAUGCCAGUGCCAGAAUGGAGCCACCUGUCACCAUGUGACCGGAGAAUGCAAGUGCUCACCAGGAUACACUGGAGCUUUCUGUGAAGAUCUGUGUCCUCCAGGUAAACAUGGGCAGCAAUGUGAGGAGAGAUGUCCGUGUCAGAAUGGAGGAGUGUGUCACCAUGUGACUGGAGAGUGCUCCUGUCCUGCAGGAUGGAUGGGUACAGUGUGUGGCCAGCCAUGUCCAGACGGGAGAUUUGGACAAAACUGUUCACAGGAAUGUCAGUGCCACAACAAUGGCCUCUGUGUGCCAUCCAAUGGACGGUGUCUCUGCAGCCCUGGAUACACAGGAGAACGGUGCCAGGAUGAGUGUCCAGUUGGUACUUAUGGUGCUGGCUGCACAAAGAUGUGUCGCUGUAAGAACAACAGCAAGUGCAACCACACCAACGGAUUGUGUCUGUGUGAGCCAGGAUACAAAGGGGAGACAUGUGACAUCCGAUUGUGUCCUGGAGGACAGUAUGGCCUUCAAUGUGAUAGGACGUGUCCGUGCUACACACAGAACACACGCAGCUGCCAUCCAAUGUCAGGGGAGUGUACAUGUCAGCCUGGUUGGGCAGGCCUCUACUGCAAUGAGACAUGCACCCCAGGAUUUUAUGGCGAGUCCUGCCAGCAGGUGUGCCAGUGCCAGAACGGUGCCGACUGCCACAGCGUGACUGGAGAGUGUAUCUGUGCUCCAGGCUUUACGGGUCCCAACUGUACAGUCCCCUGCCCAGCAGCAACAUAUGGAUUGAACUGUUCCUCCAGCUGUAACUGUAAGAACAGAGCUCAGUGUUCAUCUGUGGAUGGAUCCUGCUCCUGUAAACCAGGGUGGCAUGGGGUGGACUGCUCCAUCAACUGUCCCAGUGGUACCUGGGGUCUGGGCUGUAACUUAACCUGUAUGUGUGGGAAUGGAGGAGCGUGUAACGUGCUGGACGGUCACUGUACCUGUGCUCUAGGCUGGAGAGGAGAGAGGUGUGAAUUCCAGUGCCAGGAUGGUACCUAUGGUCAGGACUGUAAAGAACGCUGUGAUUGCAGUCAUGCUGAUGGAUGUCACCACUCUACUGGUCACUGCCGCUGUCUGGCUGGAUGGACUGGUAUCCACUGUGACAGUGUGUGUGCAGAGGGCCGCUGGGGCCCAAAUUGCUCCCUCCCCUGUAACUGUAAGAAUGGAGCGUCCUGUUCUCCAGAUGAAGGAACCUGUGAGUGUGCUCCAGGAUACAGAGGCACUACAUGUCAGAGGAUCUGCUCUCCUGGUUACUUUGGUCACCGCUGCAGUCAGACAUGUCCACAGUGUGUCCACAGUAAUGGACCAUGUCACCACAUCACAGGACAGUGUGACUGUCUGCCGGGCUUCAAGGCGGCACUGUGCAACGAGGUGUGUCCCAGUGGUCGCUUUGGGAAGAACUGUGCCUGGAGUUGCAGCUGCACCAACAACGGCACAUGUAACCCCAUUGAUGGCUCCUGUCAGUGUUAUCCAGGAUGGAUCGGCAGCGACUGCUCCCAGCCAUGUCCACCUGGUCAGUGGGGACCCAAUUGCAUCCACACAUGUAACUGUCACAAUGGAGCCUACUGCAGCGCCUAUGAUGGAGAAUGCAAGUGCACCCCAGGAUGGACCGGCCUCUACUGCACACAACGGUGUCCAUUAGGUUUCUUUGGGAAGGACUGUUCUCAGACCUGCCAGUGUAGGAAUGGAGCUGACUGUGACCACAUCUCUGGACAGUGCACCUGCCGCACCGGCUUCAUGGGACGACGCUGUGAACAAAAGUGUCCUCCUGGUUCAUUCGGUUAUGGCUGCCGUCAGGUAUGCGACUGUAUGAAUAACUCCACGUGUGAUCACAUGACUGGUACAUGUUACUGCAACCCAGGCUGGAAGGGAUCUCGCUGUGACCAAGCUGGUGUGGUGGUGGGCAGCCUCAACAGUUUGACCAGUACAGCCAUGCAGGUGGACACCUACCAGAUGGGAGCCAUAGCAGGAAUCAUUGUCCUGGUGCUGCUGGUGCUCUUUCUCCUCCUCCUCUUAAUCAUCUACAGGAAGAAGCAGAAAGGCAAAGAGCCCACCAUGCCAGCUGUGACCUACACUCCUGCUAUGAGGGUCACUGCUGAUUACACCAUCGCAGAUGCUCACCCACCAACCUGCGAGGCCCACCCGAGCAACUACUUCUCCAACCCCAGCUACCAUACUCUGGCCCAAUGCAUCAGCCCCUCACAUGUUAACAAUGGUCCAUAUGGAAAGGCCAAGGGCAACCAACUGUUUGUGAAUUUGAAGAAUGUGGAUCAGAGAAAAAGGGAGCCUCUAGCUGAUCACAAUGGCACACUGCCUGCAGACUGGAAACAAGGGGACUGCUUCAAUGAACUGGGAGCCUACGGCGAUGACAGGAGACACACUGGGAAAUCUUUACGAGAUCUGGUGAAGGGCACGCUUUAUCAUUCCAGCUCCUGUUCCCUCAACAGCUCUGAAAACCCAUAUGCCACAAUAAAAGACCCUCCCCUGCUGACAGCCAAAAACACAGAGUGUGGCUACGUGGAAAUGAAGUCACCUGCCAGACGAGAUUCACCAUACGCUGAGAUCAGCAACAGUGGCUCGACCAACAACCGGAAUGUCUAUGAAGUUGAGCCUACUGUAAGCACCAUCCAGCCAAAUGGAGACGGCAAUGGCCAUGGACAGUUUUGUCAAGAUCCGUACGAUCUACCAAAAAACAGCCACAUCCCCUGUCACUACGACCUCCUGCCAGCCAGAGAAAGUCCAUCCUCAGACCCCAAGGAGCUAGACAGCGAAUGAUGGCACAGAUGGCACAUGAGGCCAGAUCUGACCUCCAGUCUGCAGCGCCAGCAUUGGAUGUUCCACGAACAGAUACACUUUAUACCCACAACACACUUGUUUUCUUACUCUUAUACACUGAUAAUGACGUCUUUCUGAACAAAAUUGGCAUAUAGGAGGUGCUAUUAAGGUACAGCUGAUAUUUUUACAGCUACAAUUUGUAAACUGCGACUAAGUCUUCAUUGGUCAUUCCACAUGUCUGGGAGGUAAGGUCUUUCUGCCUGUUCUACAUAGCCUCAGUCAAAGGUGGGCUGAAAAGCCUGCUCUCAUAGCUUUCUUCUAACUCCCUCCCAAUCUCUCUCCAACUCUGUCUUAUGCAUGUCUUAAGCCUCAAGGUGACAAAUCGUGCAAAUGGCGAUAACACACUCAUUCAGAUGGAGGUUAAGCACUUGUGAUGUUCACCUUUCCGUAGCUUUGCACACCUGGCCCAUCACUGCGUGAAAGUGAGCAUUAUGCAGACCCACCCAAUCCCAUAGUCAGAAAAGUGGUUCCAGAGCUUCCAGUACUUUGUUUCAAGCAUACCAAAGCCUUUCCAACAGGGCUACAGAGUGCGCACUGGUGCAACUAACAUUUCGCAGGACAAUUACUGUCAGCCGCAGCUCUGUCUGUGGGUCUCUCAUUUCCCUAAUUUGGCCUCCGCCUGUGACCCAGAAAUCUGUCUCAGCGCGCCAUAUAGGACAUCUCAAUUCCCUAAAUGCACCUCGAAGAUUGAGUAAUGAGAAGGCUUGCUGGAGGAGCUAUAAGCGAGGAUACACUGGUGUAUCCUUUGCGGAAGUGUUUUCGUCGACGUUUAAAAGACGCGUGACAUGCAGCUGGACUAUACAACCAACCCAUGGCCGGAGCAGGACUCUACAGUGUUCUUUUGUGUUCAUAAAUUGUGUUAGUUAUUUCAAAUGAUCAAAUGCGCUUCCCUUCAUCAUUUGUGUAGCGCCUCAUAAAGCGCUGUUAAAACUGCAUUCCUGAUGUCAUUUCACUUUGAAAUCACUGAUAGGUAGCUACAUUUUAUUCUCACAAUAUAACAGGUUAUAGAGUGAAAUUAAGUUUUGUAACUCCCUUCUGCUACAAAGCAGACAAUAUAGAUUAAUACAGAAUCAAUUAUAAAAAUGGCCAACAGAAAUAAACUAUCAUCAGUGGAGCAGUGCUGAGGAUGAAUUAGAGUUUCAGAGGCUGACAGCUUGGGGUAAAACGCUGCUCUGCAGUCUGGUGGUGCAGCAGCAGAAACUUCUAUAUCUCUUCCCAGAAGGCAGCAGGGUGAACAGGCUGUGGCUGGGUGGGUACUGUCCUUUAGUAUCCUUUGGGCUCUGCAGACACC